AUGCUUGAACAAAACCUUGAUGCUUUGGAAACUGCAGUAGCCGAAUUGAACCAUCUCAGGAAUGAUGUGAUGACCAAGGUCAUAAUUGCCGAAGAACAACACGAACUUAAGCGGCUCGACCAAGUUGAGGGUUGGCUUUCGAGGGCCUUGACCAUGAUAAACGAAGCUGAUCUACUGAUUGUCGAAAGUCCUCGACAAAUUAAACAAUCAUGUGUGGGAGGUUAUUGUUCCUUGCAUCCCAAGUCAAGUCUCAAGUUUGGGAAGCAAAUUGCAGAAAUGUACGAGAGUCUUCAAGAGGAACAAGUGGGAAUUAUUGGCCUAUAUGGCUUUGGAGAUGUUGGCAAGAUGACCUUUGAUGAGUGUUCACAUAAAAAGAGUGCAUUAUACAGUUUUAUUUAUUUUCUGGAAUCGUGGCUGGACACAUGGGCACGACAUUGGACACGACGCGAUAUUUCUUGGCAACUUUCAGAAGAUCUACAAGCAGAGGCGUUGAAACUAUUUUUGGACAAGGUUGGAGCAGAGACACUCGAGAGACAUCCAGAUAUUCGCAAGUUAGCGGAAACAAUGGCAGAGGAGUGUGGUGGACUACCGCUUGCACUGAUUACAAUCAGGCGAGCCAUGUCAUCCAAGAAGACCCCUGGAGAAUGGAAAUAUGCCAUGGAGGCCUUACGAAAAAUUGAGCUAAUACAUAUUUGGAUCGGGGAAGGAUUGUUGGACCAGAAUCAACAUACCUGCUUGAGCAAUGUCCGAAACCAGGAAGAGUACAUCUUAGGUUCUCUUAUCGACGCAUGCGUAUUAGAGGACAUAAGAAGCGACAUCGUAAAGAUGCACGAUGUGAACCGCGACAUGGCUUUGUGGAUAGCUAGUGAAUCCGAGAUGGAUAAAUUCUGCGUAAAAGCAGGUAUUCAAUUAAAGGAACAACCUGUAGCUGAAACUUGGGAAGACGUAAGAAGAGUGUCCCCAAUGGGAAAGCAAAUCGAAAGUCUAACUCGGAUAUCCGUAUGCCCCAAUCUCCUAACUUUAUUCCCAGGGAAGAACGAGUCGAAGGUGAUCAACAACGAUUUCUUCAACUUCAUGCCUAUGCUAAAGGUUUUGGAUUUGUCCUUCAACAUCAACUUGGAUGAACUGCCUGUUGGAAUUGCAAAGUUGUUUUCACUAGAGCAUCUCAAUCUGUCCUUCACAGGACUAAAAACACUUCCCGUUGAGCUGAAGGUCCUCGAAAAUCUGAAAUAUUUGAAUAUGGAGCACACAUCGGAUUAA